AUGAGUAUUUCUCAGAACCAGGACAACUUGGAUUUAGCACUAGUUGGCUCAGAUAAGGAUACAUAUAACAGUGAAUGGGGAAAUACUAGUAGACUAUUGCCGGGAACAAUUGGGCAGAAGUAUGAAUGUCGUUAUUGUAAUGCGAAUACGAAGACAAAGAAGGAAUAUUCAGAACAUCUUAAAACGCACAAGGUACAAGGUUCAUAUAAAUGCACUUGGCCCACAUGUGAAAUGAAAUGCCGUACCUUAUGCACACUUCGACAGCAUUACGAAAAACAUCAACCUAAACUUUUGUGCGAAGGUUGUGGCUCUUUGUUUUAUCGUAAGGAUGUAUUAGAAAAACACGAACAACAAUGCAACGGAGGUAACCGUUAG